UUGGAUCGAUGCAGAGAAAGAUGGAGAUAGCAAACACAAAAUGGGUGGCUGCAGCGGCGAGCAUAUGGAUACAGAGCUUCAGCGGAGCAAGCUACACCUUUGGAAUCUAUUCUUCUCUUCUCAAAUCAUCUCAAUCUUACGACCAAUCUACCCUUGACACUGUCUCCGUCUGCAAAGACAUCGGUGCGAACGUAGGCAUCCUCUCUGGUCUUUUCUACACAGCCGUUGCAAGCGGAAGAAGCGGUAACGGUCGCUUCUUUAGCGGUCCAUGGGUGGUUAUAUUCGUUGGGCUGCUCCAAUGGUUCGUGGGGUAUGGUUUCAUAUGGAUGGCUACAUCUGGUGUGAUCGAACGGCCUCCUGUGGCUGUGAUGUGUUUCUUCAUGUUCUUGGCCGGUCAUUGUCAGCCGUUCUUUAAUACGGCGAUUGUGGUCACCGCAGUACGUAACUUCUCCGACUAUGGUGGAACCGCCGUUGGUAUUAUGAAGGGUUAUAUCGGGCUAAGUGGAGCAGUUCUUGUUCAAAUGUACCACAUCUUCUGUAAAGGUGACCCAACGAAUUACCUUCUUCUCUUGGCCGUAGUACCAUCACUUCUCAUCUUGACGACGAUGCCCUUCGUUAGAACGUACGACACAGUCAUCGCUAACGACAAGAAACACUUGAACGGUCUCUCCACCAUCUCCUUGAUCAUCGUCACAUAUCUUAUGAUCGUAAUAUUGGUUGAAAAUAUUGUCGGAAUGUCAAUGACCAUGAAGAUAUGCUCCUUCACUCUUUUAGUUCUCUUGCUCGCAUCUCCUCUCUUGGUCGCAGUUAGAGCACAUCGCGAAGAGAAAGAUAGAUUCAUGUCUUUGGAUUUUCCGGUUACGGAGAAAACAACUUUGCUUGACGCUCCUAAGCUCAACCCUUCUCCCGAUAACGUUGUCAUGUCCAAUGACAUGGACGUCCUCCAAGCAAUACGCACAACCAACUUCUGGCUUCUAUUCACGGCGAUGUUAUGCGGAAUGGGUUCAGGGCUCGCGACUGUAAACAACAUCAGACAAGUGGGCGAGUCACUUCGCUACUCUACGGUUCAACUCAAUUCUCUAGUGUCUCUUUGGAGUAUAUGGAACUUCCUAGGCCGGUUUGGGUCAGGUUACAUAUCAGACGCUUAUCUACAUAGUCAUGGCUGGCCAAGACCGGUUUUCAUGGCUAUAACUCUAGCCCUCAUGGCUAUAGGUCAUGUUGUCAUGGCCUCCGGUUUACUAGGAAGCCUAUAUAUAGGUUCCUUAAUUGUUGGUUUAGCGUACGGCUCGCAAUGGGCACUCAUGCCAACUAUAACGUCUGAAAUAUUCGGGAUUAGACAUAUGGGAACUAUAUUCUAUACAAUUUCGAUAGCUAGUCCGGUUGGCUCGUAUUUUUUCUCAGUGAAGGUAAUAGGCUACUUGUACGACCAGGUAGCUUCUGUGGAUGAUCAUUCUUGUUAUGGGAAUCAUUGUUUUAGUACUUCGUUUGUGAUAAUGGCUGCCAUGGCAAUGCUUGGAUCUCUUGUUGCGUUUGUGUUGUUCCUUCGUACAAAGAAGUUUUAUGCAACUCUUGUGGCCAAGAGGAUUUUGAAGUAAUUCUUGAAGCUAGGGUCUGAAUUGUGUGGCUCUCUAUUUUUUUGUUUGUUUUUUUUGUUGACAUUUUCCCUAACAUUUUGAAGAUCAUAUAUAUAUAUAUAUAUUGUUUGUAUAAUAUAGAAAGUGUGUGUUAUGGAUUGUUGAAAGGAUGGAUUAAAUUAUUAUCAAAAGGUUAAUAAUAAUUAGA